AUGGUGUCGAACACUGCCCGUCCUAUUUUUGUUGUCGCUGGUGUCGGAAGUGGAGCAGGAACCGGUGCUGCAGCCGCGAAAUUAUUCGCCAAAGAGGGAUACAAUGUAGCCCUUAUUGCCAGAAACGCAGACCAUCUGAAAAAGACGUCAGAUGAGAUUAAUGCCGCUGGUGGAGAGGCCGCACCGUUCCCUAUUGAUGCAUAUGAUCCUGCCUCUUUAAAUUCCGCUUUCAACUCCAUUGCUUCUCGAUGGCCGGAGUCGCAGUUACGCAGCGCCCUCUGGAAUGUGGGGCACGGCAUUUGGAAGCCCUUUCUCCAUGUCACAGACGAAGAAGUUAGAGAAAUGCUCGACACGACUGUCCGCGCAUCGUUCGCGUUCUCGCGCCUGGUCAUUAAUAAAUUCAAAAAGAACGACAUUAAUGAAGCGGGGAAACGUGGAACGCUGAUCUUCCAAGGAGCUACUGCCGCAUUAAGGGGUAAUUCCACCACAAGUAUCUUUGCGGCGGGUAAAUUUGGCACUCGUGCCUUGUCUCAAAGCUUGAAUAAGGAAUUCGGGAAGGAUAAUAUACAUGUUGCACAUUCCGUUAUUGAUGGAGUAAUUUUGACGGAUCGUUCGCGCGAGUGGCGUGAAGACACGUCCUGGGAGGCAAAUGAGGACGCUCGCCUUAAUCCAGGAAGUAUUGCGAAAUCUUACCUUUAUCUUACUAACCAAGAUCGCUCCGCUUGGACAUGGGAGCUAGACCUUCGUCCCGCCCACGAGACGUGGUAA